GCUGUGAAACCCAGAACUAACAGAAUGAGCAGAGGAAUUCCUUCUCUGGCGCUGACCUGCUCGCUGAUGCUGGUCGUCCUGGUGGCGGUUGAAGGCCGCUCCAAACGCAUGAUUUUUCCAGGAACCAAGUGGUGCGGCGCGGGUGCGAGAGCGGAAAGUGACGACGACCUCGGAAGAUCCCUCGAAACUGACCGCUGUUGCCGCGCUCACGACCGUUGCCCCGACAGUAUCAUUAAGCACAGCACCCGCCAUGGCCUGGUCAAUCGUGGGAGGUACACCCUGUCCCACUGUGACUGUGACGAAGAGUUUCUGAAGUGCCUGAAGAACGCGAAGAGUAGAAGUGCUGCGCUCGUUGGCUACGCGUACUUCACGGUUUGGAAUCCGCGGUGUUUUAAGAAGGAUUUCCCGGCGGUCUGCAAAAAGUACAGCCUCACCGGCCGCCGCUGCUUGGAAAUCGAAAAGGACACCUCGAAGCCUUGGGAGUGGCAGUGGUUCAGCAACGCCGCCUGGUAGAAGUGCAACUGUGACGUCAUCAAGAAGCUGGAACGAUUUGUCUGACCUGCGCUUGAAUUCCGCCCGUCUCCCUGGCUGUCCGGUCGUCUCCCUCGCUCUUUUUUAGCUGUCGCUUCCUUCCUUUCUCUCCGUCUCUUUACUCUUUAUA